AUUCGAUUACAAGGGAGAGGGGGCUUUUGUUAUCAUGGUAGGCUCCUAUCUGCAUCCCUUUCGCACUCGUGAGCUGGAUAAGCAAAGAGGUCGGUAGUACGAUAACUGCUAGAUAAUCGGGCUCUAAUUGGAUUCAGUGCUUAAAAGGGGCCGUUCUUACAGGACUCUACCUAGAAGCUUCUCGACUCCUGAAGAGUGUGGACAUUAGUUCUGUCUAGAGCUUAGUGAUUACCAAGUUUUGCUGCUUUAUUUUCAUUUAACUGAAUAUAUAUAAUGGCUUCAAAAAAGUUUAUGGCAAGGCGCAGCCAAACCAACUCUGAGAACUUAGCGGAUGGACUGAACAACUCUCCGAACUGUGUGGAUAAGUUUAACGACUCUGCAAGCUCCGUAGGCAGUGCAUGUCUAGAUGAGUCAAUAAAGCUUGUCCACAUGAUUAUCUACAUCCCGUACAGCGACCCAGGCAAAGAAUUCGAAAUUGUUAACCAGCAGGAAUUAGUCAACACCUGGGACACUCUGGAACGUGGCACCAAGGUGACUGCCAAAUAUGGCAGUGCCAGGGUGCAAGGAAUUGUCGUCACCAUUUCCGAGGACCGCAGUUACCUGGAACGGAACUUCCGUGGCAUAACAGAGACAUUUAGAGAAGACCUGAGAUCCCCAACGAAAAGCUCCCGUCUUCUGGCCAGGAAACUUAUAGAGGGACAGAUUCAAGGUGUACAGGCUGAAAAGAGGAUAGAGAAGCAUGUCAUCAAAGUUAUGGAUCGAGGAACACAAACUGAAGAAUCGGGACAAGGCGAUGACUAUGAAACCCUCAAAAGGAAAUACAGGGAGCUGAAGGCAGAUCUAGAAAGGUUCACCAACGGUAUGCAUGACGUCCAGUCAAACCUGGAUGCAACAAUGGGCACGCUACGGGACAUUAGCUCUAAAUAUGGUGAUGCCAGCUCACCAUCUCCCAGCAGAGCCUCUAACGCUAGUCCUGGCCAGGAAAACGGAAAUCAUUUCAAGGCUAAAGUGCAAAUUGGCAGCAACGCUACAAAAAUUGAUCGGACCGUGUACGAUGCUGUCAACUGGAGCAGCUAUACGGCUGCUACCAGAAAGCUACUCAUAACAGUUUUCCCUAGAAAGGUUCUGGCGACACAUUCGUUGACUGGUAGGCCAAGUCCAGCAUUCGUUGGCCUCAAAGAAAAGAAGAUCAGAUUGGAUCCAGAAAUAGUCGACGAUAUCGUAGAGAUCGUCAUUAAGAAAUGCAGUGUACCCGCAACAUUGGUAAGGAGUGCCAUAACGACAAAGUGCGCAGAUGAGAACAAGCUGUACCGGAAGAGGGUACAGAAAAAUUCUAGCUCCGAUAGCAGCCCAAGCGAUAAGGACGGCAGUCCAGCUGUUUCGAAAAAUAGAUUGUAAUGCUCUGGUUGUUUACGCUCAUUCGGCAGCAAGGUCUUACGGGUGUGCAUUUUUGGUGCAGUUUUAGAUAAGGAAUAAAAAUGACAAAAAGGUAGUUGCUUUGUUUUGACAGUAAUCCGACGAUUCAUGCAGACGCGUUCCAAGACACACAGUUAUUCAAGGCAAUAGUUAGAGAGUAUCAGAUUGGAUCCAGAAAUAGUCGAUGAUAUCAUAGAGAUCAUCACUAAGAAAUGCAAAGUAGCCGCACCAUUGGUAAGGAGUGCCAUAACGACAAGGUGCGCAGAUGAGAAUAAGCUGUACCGAUAGCAGCCCAAGCGAUAAAAAAUACUAGCUGAUAUGGUCAUGUCGUUGAAAAAGGUGCAAAAAGAUAAUAUGCGUUUUUUUAAUUUUUAAUUCCAAGCACAAUGCUUAGCAGGACGCACUACUUUUUCUGUUUUUGCAAAUACUCUGUAGCCAAUAUGCUGUUUUUGACUGAUCCUACAAAAUCAGCGCAGCUAUUUCUGAGAUUUAGCGGUUAUAAGAACACCGACAGGUCGACCGAUGAACGUGACUAACAUUGAGCGUGUUCAACACAUAUACAUAUGUACAGGAUGUUCAUUUGAAAACCUAGCACCACGGAUUCAUCGGAAACCACUGAUUAAAUGAAAAAGCGCCAAGACACGUCAAAAGAUUUGUCAAGGGGAACAACCUUUCAAUAAAAAACUACUUCAUCCCCUUUCACCCUCGCCCCCUCCCUUCCCCCCCAGAGUCUUUCCCUUAAAAAUUUUGAAUGACAUGGGGUAUCGAGUCUUGAAAACGAAUCGACCCAUUUUAAAAAAUCAAACGUCAAAAUAAAAGAACUUUGAAAGUCCCUUUAAACAAGCUAUUACUAUUACUGACAUUUAAAAAUUUUAAGGGAAUUACCCUGGGAGAGUGAAACAGGGUGAAGUAGUUUUUGGUUGAAAAGUUGUCCCCCUUGACAAAUCUUUUGACGUGUCUCGGCGUUUUUUCUUUAAAUCAGUGGUUUUCGAUAAAUCCGAGGCGGGAAGUUUUCACACGAACAUCGUUCCAAAAUCGAAGGGAGCAGGGAUGCAACUGCUAAAAAAAUUUACAGGUGCACAGACCUCACCAAAGGCACACAGAGUCUUGCAGUUGCCUGCGUUGUGCUACGCUCUCUUCCAUUCUGGCACUUGGUCAUAGGCAAAGACAUGCUCUUGUAAUAGCGCAUUUUCGCCAUUUGCAUUGGCAAAUGAGGAGGUACUGUUCACCAGUUCAAAUAUAUUAUAAGCUUAGAGAGGUUGGACUAAUAUUCUGGCACGAAAUAGUACGAUCGUACCAAAGUAUCACUUAUAUGAAAUUUGUCCCGAAAGAAAUGCGUGAAGUAGAUUGAGUUUAUUCUUCCUACGCCUUCGAAACAUGAAAUAAAGUUUCCUCAGAUUGAAGCAAUGAGCAGCGGUAGGCUGAUUUAUUUGGAUGUCUGGCGUCAAAACUGCUUGUCAACAAAGUUCCAUAGCUGAUAGUGCACUAAUAUCCUAACAUAAAUAAUUCCAAUACGACUAGUUUGUAAACUGCAGUCCAAUUAGACCAAUUUAUAAUAUUGAAUCGCAAGAAAAGUGUUAGCUAUAGACUAGUGUAGACAGAUAGGUGCACACUUAUAUUUAAAAAUCAUUCAUCUGAGGUGCAAAUUGGCAGCAACGGUACGAAAAUGGACAGGACCGUGUACUUGUGACACUUUUCUCUAAAAAGGCUCUAGCUACAUAUUCAUUGUCGGUAUACCAAGUCCAGCAUCAGCCGGCAUGAAAGAAAAGGUCAGGUACAAUAUUCGCCUAUGUUAUACAGCCAUUUUAUAGUUAUCUGCUUAUUUAGACGUCAUAUCCAUGAGUCUUAAACCAACUGUUCUUGGUCAGUUGUCGAGGUAUCUCUCAAACUUAACCAGAGGAAACGAAGUCAGUCUAAAAAGUACAAGGGCGUCAUGAUUUUUGUUGGUCAGCCAGUCGGCAUUUAGCAUUCCAAAUCCAAGGUAGAAACACACAGAGCAAACACAUUCACGCAAUUUUUAAGCAACAGGUGCAUUCGGUAUUGAUAGAUCAGUCCUCUACCAGCACAAACUUGCACUCACAGGCGCAAUCCAAAGCAAACAUUUUUGCAAAAUUAACAAACUGAUGCAUUUUAGUCGUGAUUAUUAUUGGAAGUAAAACACCUUAUCAGCAUGAGCAUCAGUACGAACGUAAUUUAUUUUGUCAACGGCUACAAUAUGUCGGUUACAGAACACAUAAUUUCAGUAGGAAUCUCUCAACAACAUACAGUCAGAUUAUGCAUACUAUCAAUAUAUAGCCGCAACGUACAUUAAAUACAAUUUAAUGUUGUUUAAAGCUUGAUGCUAUAUUCAACAAUUAUGAAGUCGUUUUACUAAGUAAUAGGAACUGUGAUGGACGAGGUGUCUGUAUCAUUCAAUCACCCCAAGACGUUUCUGAAUACGACCCCGUCCAGUUCUUCAAUCAAUCCAACGUUUAUUGGUAUUGGUAGUUUGAAGAGAAAAAUAAAAUAAUUCGCUGAUAAGAAACAGGUCAAAUUUCAACAACACCAAAUUUGGGUCUUUAGAUGGAGUUUAGAUUUGAUGACACGUCAGCUUAUAAUACUUACCCCGAGUUCAUUAGAGUAUAGUCAAUGCAGUUGAGGAGCCAUACCGCAGAGCAAAAUCUGGGGCCCUACUGUAAAUUACGUCUUCGGGCAUUUCGGAGCCUUUGCACCCAGAGAGUGAUUGAUAUUGAUUUCAAGACACUUGUAUAUAAUGGUAUAGCUGGUAUCUUUCACAAAUCUAUAAUAAUUAUUCGAAUAAUUUGAACUUUACGGAGUUUACGUGUAGCAUUUUCUGCCGCGACAGUGACGUCACAUGCAUAAGUUUAGCUUUUUGCAUAUCGCAUUCAUCCUUAGCGUUCAAGUUGACCAGUCGCAAUAUAUUGUUUAUUUCUUGGCCCACUGUAUCACGAGAUAUAGAUAUACAAUCAAUUAAAUGGAAGAAGGUUUUCUGUUGGUUAAUGGUUAAAUAUACUAUCCGAAAACAUUUAUAAUUCUUCUACCUUUUGCAACAGAUAAACAUGUUCUUCUGGAGCUGGCCAGACUGUACUUAUACACUUAGGUUGAGCACAACAUUUUUAAAUUGAAUGUCUUUUUACCCAUUUUCACCGUAAAUCGUAAAUAACGAGCAGAGCAACGUUUGUAAAUGGCGCGGAGCGUGCACGGUGGGAGCAUCGCUUUGUGGUAGCAAAGGUAGCUGGUCUCAUGUGACGUCAUCACUCAGUCUAACGCUCCAACAAGGUAAUUCUCCCAAUGAGAAACUUCUCGGUGACAUAACUUCUAUUGUCAAGAUAGGUAUUCAAAAAUGUUUUCUGUCCUGUACUUCAUUUUGCCUAGACUGUCAUUUCAAGUGUGAUUCAAAGAAUAGGAAAUUUCAUAAUUGCGAGCUUGCAGAAUACAUGCUUAGCUUGAGAAGUUUUCAGUUAUUGACCCAAUAAUCACCUUCUCCAAGGAGGUAUUCAUAUUUUUUCAUUAUUGACCGAGCAUUAUAUGCAAGACCGAUAAUCGCCUUCUCAGCGGGUUAUGUAGAUUUUAUUCACUGCUGUGACACGAUACAGCCUUUGCGUAUUUAGCGAAUUAGCUUUAGUUAAGAAACAUAGAUUACUUAUAGGAUGCCAUACGACUGCCUGAUUAAUAUUGAUCUAAAUCACAUAGCUUGAGGAUUAAGCCUUCUCAAAUAAGGCAUAUAGCUCUUUUUCCCCAUUGUGACAAUGGACAAUUAUUAUGUAUAUAAUUCGAUUCAGAUAAUUGCUUGAAUUAUAUCGAUUUCAAUACGAAAUACAAAUGUGGGGAGAGCCAAGUGCCGUUUUUCUAGGAGCUACCUUCGACAGUGACCUUACAUGGGAUCAAGAAAUUGAGGAAUCUCUAAAUAAUUAAAUAAAGCUCCUAUUAACGGUGUACUAUGCUUUUGUAUGUAUAAAACUGUGGUAUGAGGGCUGUCAGCAGAGUAAUCAAGCUCAUUUACACAACAAAGAAUACUAAGGUUCAUAUUCAGUCUUAAUUAUAACGCCUGUCGAGAUGUGUUUGGAAACAACAUCUUCACUGUAACAGCAAUAUGUCUUUACAAACUAUUAUCCCACAUAUAUGGCAAUAGAGAAAAAUACCGCAUCAAUAGCUUAAACCGUACUUAUGAAACUAGAAAUAGAAAUGAAAUAUGCGCAGAAAAGUGCAAUCAUACCUACCUUUCAGUAUAUAUUUGCUACAUGAAAAGUUACAGAAACUUUAGGCAUCAGUUGAGAGCACCGCUGCAGUGCACUCCUUAUACAAUCCAUCUAUUUAUUGAUUUUACUAAAUCGCUCUGGUGGGCAUGUAACCCCUGUGAUGUUUAUUUUAUUGUUUAUACUUUCGUGUUAUUUGUCAAUUUUCUGUUGUCUUCUUUCGUAUAUGCUAUUUUGUAAUUUCUACGUACCUGACUUGAACUAUCUGUUAUUUAAAGCCAACAGGUUUAUAAGAAACGUCUAAUGUCUAAUGGCUGUCUAUGGCAUCUCGAUUGCCUGAUCGAUAUUGACCAUUGCGAUCUGUGGAACAGUACAUUUCAUAGCUAAGUAGCUUGAAAAGUGAGCUGCUACUGAUCCAGUGCUUUUAUGAUGUGUAACGUUGAUAAUUACCUUCUCAUACAAGGUAUGAUGUUUGUUCAAUUACCUUACUACUCUAUUUUUUCGUUCUCAUUGUGCUGGUGAAAUUGACAAUAUGUGAUCGAAUACAUUCUACAAAGUUUUUCGCUUCGUUCUUUUGUCUUUCUCAAAAGUAAAUAGAAAAAUCUUGACAAACUAAACGUAAUAAAGUCUUACCUACAGAAAUAACAUGGUUUUACAUUUACAACAAGCAUGCAUAUAUAAAAGUUUACAGAUAAAUACUCGCGGAAUUCACAUCACAGAACAGAUCAGUGAAGUGGUCAAUUUGAUGACUCAUCUCUAGGUAGUGCUACGUUUCGUUCCCUCAUCUUUGUCUAAACUGAAUAAAACAAUUUGAGGAACAAUUCUUUAGUUGAUCUAAUGAAAUUAUAAUGGUAGAGAGUUUUAUCGUUAACGUUUAACCAUUCAGUAUUUGUGGUUCUCAGAACUAUAAUAGUAUCUGACUAAUGUCUAUUCUUUCGCACUGAUUGUAUUUAGAAAGCGAUACAAUUUUUAAUAUUUCGAACAGUAUCACUACUACGUUAGUCAGUCUGGAAGAAUACACCCAAUAUUUACCUAGUGUCAAACUACAUGUUAAUUUACAUAGUUUGUUAGUAGUGAGUCCUGUGAUUUGUAAAUAAAAAUAUUCUAAC